UUUUGUUGGGUUUAUGUCCUAUCUCUGUUCCUGAUUCCAUACCUAUUGGUAUGUUCAGGACAGAGUGCCAUGAUCGUCAUUUCUGGUUGUCUGUCAACUCAAAUUUCCUUGGCAGCAAGUUUAAGUUUGAUGUUCAAGAAGACUCUGAGGUCCAUGAGGUUUCUGGUCAGUGGGCGGCAGAGUGUGGCUAUACUAUGGCUCUUGACUCCUGGGGUGAUUUACUGCUGCGUGUUUCCUACCUGGCCUGUCUUGUGGAGAACCAGAAGGAGACAGAAUUUCGGUUGCUGGUGUGGUUUAUAAAUCAGGACUCAAAUUGGGAGGAGAAAUCCUACCCUUUACAGCUCACCUGCCCUCUUCAGGUCCCAUGGGGGCCUCGGGAGCUUGUCUGUGAGCAGAACUACAUGGAGGUGUCGGUCCUGAAACAGCUGCCUCCUAAUAAUCACAUGGGUACAGCGUGGGUAACCCCAGCGCCUGUGGAGCUGGAUGAGGGUCUGAGGGAAUGGCGGGUGGUGUUCCGCAUACCUACGCUUCAUCAGGAGGGUGGCAUGAAGGAGGAAACUGUGCCAGUGAGAAUGGCACACCUGCUGGGCUACCACAUUAACACCACUGACAGUCGCAUCCUCCUGCGUUGUGCCUACAAUUCCAAGCUGGCAUACAUGCUACAGUUGGGUGAGACAAGCGUGGAAGUGGUCAGUGCCACCAUCUUGUACAAGCUAAAAUGGACCUUACUGACUAUGGACAUGUCAGUGGCCUGCACUAUGAGUCAGGCCACAAUGGAUGGUUCAGAUGUGUUAUGGUCUCUCCCACGCAACCUCCCCCCUCUGGUCCAUCCUCCCUUCAUAGAAAAAGGCCUUAAGUUAGGUGUCGGGGGACGUUACCUGUCCGAGUGUGUUGCCCAACAGCGUGGUUACAUGAUUCAUGACAACAAUGGAACUUUGGAGAUUCGUAUUCCUUUUGGUGCUGAAGGAGGAUUCAUCAAGAGUCACGUGAUUGAUGGACAUUACUCUCAGUCAUAUUUUGUUGACGUCUUCCUGUUGCGUGAAUGGGAGGAUACAGCGUGGAGUCUGACUCAGCAACGGACAUUCAGAAAACUUUAUAUUUAUCACCAGCCCCGACCAAUCAUGCUUAUUAACAAGACACUACCCUCACAGGGAGAGUUUUCCAUCUCCUUGUGCUGUUUUCCUCAUGAUGUUUCUCUGGGGAAUGUGACUGUUGCUGGUCAGCUGGUGCUCUGGGAGGAAAUGGAAAGAAAUGGUGUUCGUCUCUCUCAAAACCCUUUCCCGAACAACACAUACAUGUAUCUGUUUCAGAUGCCCUUCUAUCAUCCACUCAUCUCACAGAAGUACUUGGGAGACCGUUUCAGAAGAUACACUUUUUUGGGGGUCUUCUCUUUCAUUUUGUCUCCUGAUGGAGAGAUCUACAACUAUCCUGCUUCUGCUGAGGCAGACCUGCAGGAUGUAGUUUUGCCCAAGCUGGAAGGGGAAUGUACGGUGCAAGGUGUGCGUACAUUGGCUUACUAUGGUAAUAUAGACUCCUCUGAGUGGAGUUUGUAUGUAGGAGGAAUGAAGCUUAACUGGGAGCUGGUGGAGCUGGGGGGAUUCUCACUAGAUCCGCAUGAGCUCUACCUCAGCCUGGAGGUGCCACUUUAUGCCCCUGGCAUGGCCUAUGAGGGCUUGGGACUGCAAGGUCUGUUAGUGAGCGUUCUGGUGAGUUUAGUUCAUCUGGAAACAGCAGAAGAACAGACUCGUGUGCAGCAUUGUGUGUUCCCUGUGAGAGAGUUAUUGGUGUGUCUGCCUGAUGGAAGAAUGGUGGUGAUGGUCGACACAGCUGGUGCCUCUCCCCCAGUGAACCCCAAUCACACAGCCCUUUUGGAUCCUGCCUGUAGACCACUGGAGACUGACCACUCCAGAGCCAUAUUUAGCUUCUCCAUAGACUCCUGUGGCACUGUUGCAACACAUGAUGGUGAUCAGGUGAUAUACAGGAAUGAGGUGAGAAACAUGCCCCCUUUUCCUCCACAACUGAGACCUCUCAGCCAACCUCAACUACAUUACAGGGUUCCACUUGGCUGUGUCCAUCCGGAGAAUGGAAAUCGCACUCUUGCCAUCUACCUGCCGUCCCAUCCUCCCACACCUCUACCUAUGAAACAAACGCUCAAAACUGCCUCACUCUCACACACAAGGCAUCUUGAGUACCGAGAUAAAAAAAGGCCCUCAAUACCAGUUGGAGGAUGACACCCAUAAAGCAAUAAAAAAAACUUGCCUGCACUGUUUCUAUGGAGCUGAAGGUGGACCCUAACAGCAUAAUGAAAGGGGCUCAUCCCGUCACAUCAUAACAACAGUUCUGUCCAAUAAAAGUUUCUU